UCAGUCGUGCUGUGACUUUCCUCCGGAUAUCAUGGAUUUUUAUCGCAUUCGUAUUGCUUUCUGUUAGUUAGGGAACACUUUUUCUUUCACAAUCCCCAAUCACACAAAUUGUAGUGUUUUGCACAAGGUUAGAUAAAUAAGGAUCUCGUUGUUCGGUAAAAGUUGUAGAUUUGCAUUAGACCAGUGCGAGAAGGGGAACGUAACAAGGAUUGAAGAUAAAAUAAAUAGUCUAGGAGUGGAAAACGCCUUUUCCGCCUCCUUUUCACCCAAACUUUCCACUAAUUUGACGGACGAUGUGUGCGGUUCCGUAAAUCCCGAGUGGUGGUUUUGACUCUGACCCCUAAUCCCCUAACUUACAUCCCACAGGAUGAGUUCCCAUUGAAUGUGUCUAUAUAUAGUUGGGUACCACGCUGCAUAAGAUGCUGAAACUUUAAUUUGAAAAUACGAUUAUUUUGGUAAAUAUUUUGUGUGUGUGUGUUAAGAAUUUUUUUUUGACUCCCACGAAGAGAUUUUUCUUAUCUCUGGUUGCAUUAGUCAGAGCGGUUGGUGAUAUAUAGGUUUAUUGUGAAAAGUGAAAACGCUCUAGCAGACUUUAAUGUGAAAUAAACUGUAGAGGAUGAUGGUUUAAAAAAAAUGUGUUACCACAGCAAUGGAAGGAUGUAGGAAUCACCUUGCAAAGUUUCUCCACCGCAAUUUUGGAUGCCAUCCGGAGUGGAAACCCGGCAGAAAUCGACGCAAAUUUUGUUGCUAAAAGGCACCGAGAGCAGUCUCUAAAUGAAUACCAUAUUCCUGGAUACACAGUGCUGUAGAAGGCAAAUCAAUGCAUCACAAAGUUGAGUUGAACGACAACGGCAAGAUGAGAACAUACACCAAAAUGUACCUGAUGAUAUGCCUCUCGACGGCAUGUAUAUUCCUGUAUCAGUAUCAAUUGUCCCGGGCACGCCUCAUUUCGCAGCCAACCCAUCAGCAAGAUACGGUGGGGGAAGUCCAGCAGAAGGCCAGUGAUUUCUACGUGUCUACAACGACAAAUUCUUCAACGGCAAUCUCGCCCCCAUUGUCAACUCCACAGGAUAAGCUACCACUUCCACCACUGUACAUAAUCACACCGACUUUCCGGCGGCCGGAACAAUUAGCUGAACUCACUCGCCUGGGAUAUACCCUGAAGCAUGUGCCUAAUUUACUCUGGCUGGUCAUCGAGGACGCUGAACAUGCCACAGCACUCGUGACGAAGCUCCUGGAGCACAUUGGUGUGCCAUUUGUGCAUUUAGUCGCUGCGAUGCCUGAAAAGUUCCGGAAGAACAAGGUUAAACCUCGUGGCGUCUCUAAUAGAAAUCGUGGCCUCAAGUGGAUUCGUGCCAAUGCAACGGAAGGAGUCUUCUAUUUUGCCGACGACGACAACACGUACGACGUUGCUCUCUUCGAGGAGAUUCGAUACACAAAGAAGGUAUCUAUGUGGCCAGUGGGGUUAAUCACAAAGUACGGCGUUAGUAGUCCCAUAGUGCGAAAUGGGAGCUUUGCGGGAUUCUACGAUGGAUGGAUUGGAGGAAGGAAGUAUGCUGUGGAUAUGGCAGGAUUUGCUGUGAGCGUUAAAUUCCUCUUGAGUCGUCCAAAGGCAGAGAUGCCCUUCAAACCAGGCUACGAAGAAGAUGGCUUCCUUAAGAGUCUCCAUCCGUUUGAUAAUUCAGAAAUUGAACUUUUAGCUUCAAAUUGCACUGAGAUACUCACAUGGCACACACAAACGAAGAAGAAUCAACCAGCUCAGCAGCUUGAUAUGGGAAAGUAUAAAGACACCAAUUUGGUCAAGUUGCGCGGAAUUCUCGUGUGAGAUACUCGCCAAAUAAGAAUAAAUUACAAUAAAAUGAUAAAACUCUCUCACACACACAGAAGACACAAAAGCAAAGAAAAAAAUAAUACUGAAAAAAAUCCACAAGAUAUUCUUUUUGUUUGAUGGAGUAAGAAAUCAAAUUUUUGGGCGGAAAUGAAACAGGAUGAAGCUCAAAGAAAAAAAAACAGUUGACAUGAGAAUAAAAUAAAUUAGGUGCUAUAUUUUUGUAUUGUACUUAAAGAGAAAAAAAGCGUAUAAAGUGAAAAAUACUUUGUAGGUAGGAUGAAAAAAUAUUUGAUGAGAAUACCAAGAGCAAGGAGGCAUGGGAAGAUUACGACGAUUGAGGGCGGGAGGGGGUGGUAGCAUACACAUUCCGAGAAAAUUCGUAUUCGAGUAGAAAAAAUCAUUUUUUUUUGUUUCUAUUCAAUGUGGAGAAGAUCAGAGGAGAAUAAAUGGAUGAGGGGGGUGGAGAGAGCGAGAGAGAGAUUUGAAUUGAGCCACCUUCUGCUGAGACAUCAAUUGACGCGAAAAGGACAUUUUCGCGCUGUGCUGUUGAUUUUUCUUUUACUCUAAUGAAAAAUUCAUGAGGAUUGUGCAAAUAGAGUGUGGGGGUGGCGCGCGAUGGGAGAAGCGACUAUUGAGAGUGGCGACCAAUAAUGAGAAAUUUCUGUUCUUUCUCUGGACGGAAUACUGAACAAUGUGAUUCCAUGUAACCCUGGUAGUUGUAUAGAUUUGAAUGGGAAGGCGAAAGAAAGGAUAAUGUUUAAUUUAUUCACUCACCCAUUUUUAAUGUGAAUUUCCCAAUGGACAUUCUCACAAAUUAGCAUUCCACGAAAACGAUGACUUUUUCUUAUUGCCAUACAUUUUACAUUGUGUACGAUAUACAUAAUCCUUGUAUACCUCUCCUGAUUAGUUAUGUAAUUAUUUAAUUUAUUAUUUAGACUUGUAAUGUACCAAGACUAAAAUUGGGCUACAGUCGUGAUCUCGUGGUAGGACCGUCGUCAAAAUGACUUCUCCGCGGUAAAACGGCUUCAGAAUGAAGAAUUUUGCCUUCGCAGUGGGACAAUUAGUACUAUUGGAAAGGUAGGAUACUAAUUGUCCCACUGCGAAGGCAAAAUUCCUCAUUCUGAAGCCGUUUUACCGCGGAGAAGUCAUUUUGACGACGGUCCUACCACGAGGUCACGACUGUAUAUAUAUUUUUUCAAGUAUUUCUAUGUACAUAUAGCAAUUUUCUAUGCCUUUAUAUAAGUUCUUUUCUCUCAAAGAGAUUCCAGAGUUGGGAUUGUUCUGCGGAUAAUGCAUUUCUUGUCUUGCCCCUUUCGUGCUGAAAGCUUUUGAGCUAAGAAAUGAAAAAAUCUUGACUGAUUUUCAAUGAAACGAAAAAGCUCUAAUGACGAUUCAAUGAGAAACUGAAAGCUCCAGAAGACAAGUUUUGAAUUUCCAUAAAACAAUUUCAAAUCUUUCGUAGAGCAACGUAUUGAGACAAAUCUCAUGUUAAAUAAUGAAUUGUGGUACAUUUUUGUUUUGAAAAAUAUAAUUUCAUUAUAUAGAAUUUAUACAUAGACCAUACCCAAAGAAAUGACUAAAAUAGCUAUAUAUAUUAUUAAACUCUAUUUACUGUAAAACAAUGUGUUUCAAUUUCCGAAACACGUAAAAAAUACCAAAAUGAUUAAAUACGAGAAAAGAAUUAUUAAAAACAAAAAAAUCUAGAAUAAAACAUUUUUAUUAAUGCAAAAAAAUUGAAGAAGUAUGUAAAUAAAAUAAAAGUAAUUUCCUAGAACAAGAUGAAUUCUAUGGAAUAUAUUAUUACCAUGAAUUAUGAUAAAAAUUAAAAUGAAAGUAAGUAAUGAGAAGAAAAAAAAUGUUCUGGGGGUUUUCCAAUGAAAAUUAUAAAAAUUAUUACCUAUAAUAAAAAAACACCAUAACACUUGAAUUAAAAAAAAAAACAUAUUUUAAUAUUAUAGUGAAGAAAAAGCUGUGGUUCUCAAAUUUGCACUCUUCAGUACGAAAGUAUAGUGCAUUUAAUUGAUAAAUUUUAAACAUUUUUUUUUAAUUUAUGUGAGACGAUGUUUAUUAAAAACAAAAGUGACAAAGUGAUUUUUAUUUCUUCAGAGUUGCUAUUUAAACUGACUUUACUAAUAAGAUGUGGAAGAACUUGGUCAAAGUUACAAAGUACCUAUACUACAUAGUAUCCUUUUGCAUGAAUUUCCAUACGAAUAUAUAACACAUUUUUCCUUUAUAAUUCCAAAAUGAAUUAACCAAAAAAAAGCCAGAGAACUAAAGAAAAAAAAGCAAGAACUUCAUAAUGAUUGAGAAUACAAUAUAAUUUGAUGCAGAUGAAAGUUUCCAAAUAAAUUUGUAAGAUAUUUUAAUGAGAUCAUUAUAUUAAAUUGAUGAGAUUUUCUCAACAUUCAA